UAUGCGUCCUCCUCCUCCCUCUCCCUCUCCCUCUCCCUCUCCUCGUCCUCUUCUUCGCCUCCUCCAAUGGCGCCGCCUCUCUAGCUCUCCCCUCUCCACGCGUGAGAGCUUCUCCGCGCCUCGGCCAUGGCGGCGCAGGGAGUGGACGAGGUGAUGGCGUUCCUAACGGCGCACGGCUUCGACAGCGCCGCCUCCGCCCUCCGCGAGGACGUCCUCUCCCGCGGCGGCGCCGCCGCGGACGAGGAGCUCCCGCCGCUCCCUCCCCUGCGGCUCGAGGCCCCGAUCCGCCGCGCUGAUGACGCCUCCGCAGCGGCGGCGGCGGCGGCGGCGGCGCCGAGCUCCGCCUCGAGCUCCGGCUCCUCUGACGCCUUCGUCAGCAUGAGGUCCACCCCUUCCGGACUUUUAAAUCCAUAUGGGCUCUGGUCGCCGGUGAGGGCGAAAUCGGAGGCAUCGUCAUCAUCUGAGAUAGAAUUCGGGACGGCGCGCGACUACGACAACUUCUUCAAUGAGAGCUGGUGGUACGACGACCAGCCGCACGACCCUUUCCAUGUGAACGCGAGCUCCGAUGAUGGAUUUUGCAGUGAGGACAAAUUCGUAAUGUCAAUAGAGGCUGAGAAGAAGUUCGGGAUACAAGGAAUCGGUGGCCUUGGCGGUAAUGAAGACUCACACGAGCAUGUCAGUGAUACAGGUUGCGAGGGUUGUGCUGAGAAUUACAGCUGCUCAUAUCCGCUGUGCGGUUGCUGCAGUGAUGGAUCCAAAAAGGCGAGGGACCCAAGCUCGACAGUGUACGGGAGGUAUCAGAUAAUGGAUGAUCAUACGGAGACAUUGGAUGAGUGCGGAGAUGAUUUUGGGUUUCAGUUGAAACAGGUUGGUGCGCAUGAAAAAGAUGUGGUUUUGGAAGGGAAAGCGCUUCAUGAUGUUAAUCAAGGGGACGAGAAGGAAUUCCAGAUGCUUAAUUCGUUUCCACAUGAUGUGGGUGCACUUGCAAAUGCUGACACUACACAUGACCGAAAAAGCAAUGGGAAGUUAAUAGACUAUAAUGUGGAUAAUGACGAUGAGGAGUUGCGCAAAGAAGGCUACAAUAUACAACCAUUUCCAGAGGAAGGCGAUGCUGAUGAUGCUUAUCAAUUAGAGGAUUAUGGACCAAUCAAUGGGGAUUCUCAGGAUUUAGGUGCUACCCAGAUAGAAGAGGAGGACUCAGAAACCAAUGUUUAUCUUGCCCUCAGAAAUUUUCAAAAGGAAUACGAAAUAUUUGACUUGAGAAUUAUUCAUCGGAAAAAUAGGACAGGCUUUGAAGAAAACAAAGAUUUUCCUGUUGUUUUGAACUCGGUCGUAGCUGGCAGAUACUAUAUCACUGAAUAUCUUGGUUCGGCUGCAUUCAGCAAGGUUGUUCAAGCACAUGAUCUUCAAAUGGGAAUGGAUAUCUGUCUAAAAAUAAUUAAAAACGAUAAGGAUUUCUUUGACCAGAGUUUGGAUGAGAUCAAGCUACUCAAGUUUGUGAAUAAAUAUGACCCAGCUGAUGAGCACCACAUAUUGCGGCUCUAUGACUACUUCUAUUAUCAUGAACACCUUUUUAUUGUUACUGAACUCCUGCGGGCAAAUUUGUAUGAAUUUCAGAAAUAUAACCACGAGUCUGGUAGUGAGGUGUAUUUUACUUUGCCCAGAAUACAGGCAAUAGCUCGCCAGUGUUUAGAGGCUCUGGUGUACCUACAUCAUUUGAGGAUAAUCCAUUGUGAUUUAAAGCCUGAGAAUAUCCUCAUAAAGAGCUACAGCAGAUGUGAAAUCAAGGUUAUCGAUCUCGGGAGCAGUUGCUUCUUGUUGGACAACUUGUCAUCAUAUGUGCAGUCACGUUCCUAUAGAGCUCCUGAAGUUAUUCUAGGUCUUCCUUAUGAUCAGAAAAUUGAUAUUUGGUCUCUUGGUUGCAUCUUGGCUGAGCUAUACACUGGUGAUGUACUGUUUCCCAAUGAGCCAGUUGUGAUGAUGCUUGCUCGCAUGAUCGGAAUAAUUGGCCCAAUCGACAUGGAGAUGCUUGUGUUGGGACAGGAGACUCCGAAGUACUUCACCGACGACUACGAUCUUUACCACAAAAAUGAGGUGACAGACCAAAUAGAGUUUCUAAUUCCCAAAAAGUCGUCAUUAGAGAGCCAUCUGCAAGCUUCUGAUACCAAAUUCAUCGAUUUUCUUUCGUAUCUGCUACAAAUAAACCCUAGAAGAAGACCCACUGCGAGCGAAGCGCUGCAGCAUCAGUGGCUUUCCUUCUCGUACCGGUAGGAAGUCAGAUUCAUUUUCUUUCAUACCUCCAAGUAAAACUAGAGAAGAAGAUUAAGUUUGACAGACAGCUUUCUUUCUCGCAUUAAGAGAAGCUCCCAGCCACGCACCUUUUUUCCUGUUGCGAAGUCUAGUGCAUGUGAGUCAUCAACAUCAACAGUCGCUGAAGGUUUUCGCCCCCGGCUGUGAGUUCCUGCUGUGUUGUUUUUUGGGUUGCAGUUUUAAGCAUCCGAAGUCUCUGUAUUGCGAGUUUAUACAUGUGUGUGUGUGUGUUUGUGUUUGUGGCUGUAAAUAGCUAUAAAUUUUUCCCCGCAGUGUACAGUUUGCUGUUUUAUCUGAAUAAUUCAGUUUAUCAUCAUACAUUGAAAUCAGAAGUUCAUUUAAUUUA